AUGUCCUAUUUUCGGAUUACCCUAGUUCGUUCCGCAAUCGGCCUGCCAGCGCGAACAGGCAACGUGCUCAAAGCACUCGGGCUGCGCAAACGAAUGGCAACCGUCUUCCACCCAGUCACGCCCUCAGUUGCCGGUCAAAUCAUGAAAGUGAAAGAGCUAGUCGCAGUUUCGGAAGUCGAUAAGCCUUUGACCAAGCAGGAAAUCCAUCAGGAGAGAGUGCCUGACGCGGGCUUUUAUAUCGAAUCAAAGGCGGGCGAGGUUAGAGAAUGGGAAAAAGCAUGA